AAUUUCUCCUCCCUCUCCCCCCCCCCCAUCCCGGCCAAGAUGUCUGACAUGGAGGAUGAUUUCAUGUGCGAUGAUGAGGAGGACUACGACCUGGAAUACUCUGAAGAUAGUAACUCCGAGCCAAAUGUGGAUUUGGAAAACCAGUACUAUAAUUCCAAAGCAUUAAAAGAAGAUGACCCAAAAGCAGCAUUAAGCAGUUUUCAGAAGGUUUUAGAACUUGAAGGUGAAAAAGGAGAAUGGGGAUUUAAAGCACUGAAGCAAAUGAUUAAGAUUAACUUCAAGUUGACAAACUUUCCAGAAAUGAUGAACAGAUAUAAACAACUAUUGACCUAUAUUCGGAGUGCAGUCACAAGAAAUUAUUCUGAAAAAUCCAUUAAUUCUAUUCUUGAUUAUAUCUCUACUUCUAAACAGAAUUCUGAUUUUUUAUGUCAGAUGGAUUUACUGCAGGAAUUCUAUGAAACAACACUGGAAGCUUUGAAAGAUGCUAAGAAUGAUAGACUGUGGUUUAAGACAAACACAAAGCUUGGGAAGUUAUAUUUAGAACGAGAAGAAUAUGGAAAGCUUCAAAAAAUAUUACGCCAGUUACAUCAGUCCUGCCAGACUGAUGAUGGAGAAGAUGACCUGAAAAAAGGUACACAGUUAUUAGAAAUAUAUGCUUUGGAAAUUCAGAUGUACACGGCACAGAAGAAUAACAAAAAACUGAAAGCACUCUAUGAACAGUCACUUCAUAUCAAGUCUGCCAUCCCUCAUCCACUGAUCAUGGGAGUCAUCAGAGAAUGUGGUGGUAAAAUGCACUUGAGAGAAGGUGAAUUUGAAAAGGCACACACUGAUUUUUUUGAAGCCUUUAAGAAUUAUGAUGAAUCGGGAAGUCCAAGACGAACCACUUGCUUAAAAUAUUUGGUGUUAGCAAAUAUGCUAAUGAAAUCGGGAAUAAAUCCAUUUGACUCACAGGAAGCCAAACCGUACAAAAAUGACCCAGAAAUUCUAGCAAUGACGAAUUUAGUAAGUGCCUAUCAGAAUAAUGACAUCACUGAAUUUGAGAAGAUUCUGAAAACAAAUCACAGCAACAUCAUGGAUGAUCCUUUCAUUAGGGAACACAUUGAAGAGCUUUUGCGAAACAUCAGAACACAAGUGCUCAUAAAAUUAAUUAAGCCUUACACAAGAAUACAUAUUCCCUUUAUUUCUAAGGAGUUAAACAUAGAUGUAGCUGAUGUGGAGAGCUUGCUGGUGCAGUGCAUAUUGGAUAACACUAUUCAUGGCCGAAUUGAUCAAGUCAACCAACUCCUUGAAUUGGAUCAUCAGAAGAGGGGUGGUGCCCGGUAUACUGCACUAGAUAAAUGGACCAACCAGCUCAAUUCUCUCAAUCAGGCUGUAGUCAGUAAACUGGCUUAACAGAGAACAAGCUUUUACAGACGUACUUAAUGCAACAGUGCAGAGAUGUAAUCCUUAAAAGAACUGGGAAUGGCAAAACUACUGUCGGUUGAUGUGUCCUGAAAAUUAUUGGAGUUAUGGCAGAAGUGCUUUUUUUGAUCAACUGGUUUGUGUUUUGCUGCUGCAUUUAUCCCAAGAAAAACAGCUUUAAUCUCCAGAAGAAAACCAAAAUGCCAUGGGAUUUAUGCUGUAUUGACAUCUUGCCCUAAACAUACAACAGCAUAGUAAUUUGUCAUGGGCAACAUGACCAGAGAGAAGAUAUUUGUCAUGAUUUUAAAUACACUGACAUGUUACUGUUGGUUAAAUUUAAACAUGUUUUACCUGCAGAAAUUCUCUCACAAAUAACCUGCAAUAACUUGAAAUGCAUACCCUUUUGAACACUUCCUUUUCUCAUGUAUAAAUUAAAAUGUUUGCUGCAUUUUGCAAAAUGUCAAUUCUCCAAAAAUGUGUCCGUAUAUUUCUGUACCUGCAGUGUAGUAAAGGUUUAGAUGAAACCCCAUAAUUAUGGUGGCAUACUGUCACUUAGGUUUCAAGCAGCAAAAUAAACAGUGCAGCUCAGAAAUUGUAGUUUGGUUCUUGACGUGUUUUUAUUACAUUUGGGGUUUUUGUUUUGUUUUUUAGUACCUUAGAAAUGUCAAAUUAUUUUAUCUUCUGUUCAUGAUUUUUAAAAAGCCUGGGAGCAAAUAAGUUGAUUAUUUGCUUUUAAGCUUUUUAAAGUCUUUAUUAUUUGAUAAAGUAAGGAGAACUAGUUUCUAACAAAACACUUGUGUAGUAAUUACUUUGACAGUGAUGCUUUAAAGGAAUAAAAUUCUUUUUUUUCUUAAGAAUGAUAUUCCUUUUUAAAAAUAAAUUCUAACUCUCAGAAUGUUCACUUUAAACAAAUAUGCCAGAACAUAGACAGCUAAAUGAAUGUUACCCUGUAUAGUGAUCAUGCUGGAAAAUUAUUUCCUAAUUCCAGCAGUCUACCAUUGCUCAAAACCUCAUGGGUUUUGCUCUUUUAGAAUUGCAUUCAGAGCUAAUUAAAGUCAUACACACUAUGAUAUACAGUGUUUAAGAAAACAAAAAAGUAUUUUUUUUUAUAGUUACCAUUAUUUGGCACCAAAUGACUUUGGACAGUCUCCAGAAAUUAAUCUGUCUUUGAGGAAAUAGGAGAAGGUAUGUAACUGGUUUUGAAGGCAAUCCCAAAAGAGUUUUUAAGGUGUUUCGAGCAGUGGUAGUAUAGUUAGGAUAAUGAACUGUGGCCUUCCAAGGUGCCCACCUUAAAGGAGACGCAGCUCAUUUGAAUGUAUUGAGUUUUGGAUGUAUUUGUUUCAUUAAAAAAAACACAUUAUUUUAUAGUGUCAAAAGGAAGAACUAAGAUUAAGAUAAUUUCUUUGGUUUUUCUAUUGCUUGUUAUUAUGUAAAAAGAAGUGAGUGGCAGUUCAGAAGGAAGACUGUUAUAACUGAGGAAUGACAAACAAGAAUUUUUGAUCAUUAAAUCAGAUUUUAUAAACAGUGGAAAGAGCAUGGACUUAAAACAAGGCAUGCUUAUUCGGUUUUGUCAAAAUUUUACGAAAAUAUGUGAUAUAUAUUUAUACUAAAACUAUAUAAUCCUUACUUAGAUUUAGGAAAGCGAUCAGUUAAUGUCUUUAGCAGAUAAAAGCAGUAUUAAAAUACAGGUGCAAGUUGGAAAUUGUAGAAAAUUGAAAGCAAACGGAAGACAAAUGUCUCUGAUAGGGAAUAAAAAAGUUUAAGAUAUUAUAAA